GCCCUCCAAGGAGACCAUAAAGAUGACUGGACCGGACCCGGCGGCGUGGUAACAACUGAGUUUAUGGGAGGCUACCAGGAUUAAAAGGGUUCACCAGGGAGUGCCUGAAGCUUCUCGGAGGACAUUCUGCUGAAGCCGAGGAGGAAUCAUGUCUACUGUGAUGCCUCAACAGCAGCCACCAAAGGAGGAUGAAGGGGAGGAAGAUGAGGAGCAAGGGGAAGAGUUCUCGUUUGGGGACAGUGCCGACGAGGAGAAACUCCAGGAGGACAGUAAAGGGAUCACCUCGGACCCUGUUGGAUCUGACCAGUCGUCAAAAAAGGAGGACAGAGAGACAUCAGGCAGUGCCUCACAAUCAGGCACAGACUGCGCUCAACCUCUUAGAACUCCGCCUCCUGCUGGACAGGAGGGCAUCCUCACCAAGGAUGUAGCUCCAAUGUCUGCAGCAGAUGUUCCAGUUAAUGAGUCACCCAGCGGGGCCUCGGCAGCAGAGCCCAGUACCUCAGCUCCUCGAGUGGGAGAGGAGCUCCAGGAGCUUCCUGUGGUGCCCCCGGCUGUGGAGACAUCGACUGAUUCAGGAGACCAGAGCGAAGAAAUCGCCAAGAAAAGCUCCGGCGCCUCUGAAGCUCUCUCUGUGGCUCAAGCUGAACCGCAGCAGACGGAGGAGGUUUCAGAGGUGAUCUACGAUGAUGUUCCAAGUGAGGAGCCCAUCUCUCCGGAUGAAGAUAUGAUCUACGAGGACGUUCAGAGAGACAGCGGUCCCCGGGACGCAGACAAUGGAUGGAGCUCCAGUGAGUUUGAAAGCUAUGAUGAACAGUCCGAUAACGAGACCAAACAUCCAGCACGGAGCAAGGUUCAGCAGCUCAUGAAGGCGGCGAGAAGCGGAACGAAGGAUGGGCUUGAAAAGACCAAGAUUGCAGUCAUGCGCAAAGUUUCCUUCCUGCAGAGAAAAGAUCAACUGGAAGAGGAGGAUGAUGCGGGAUACCUGGAUGUGGCCGUGUCGGAAAUGAAGCAUCCUCCUCCCCAGCUGAGCCCCAUGCCAGAGGGGCUGACCAGCCACCAGGUUGUCAGACGCCAUAUCCUCGGGUCCAUCAUCCAGAGCGAGCGGAGCUACCUGGAAUCUCUCAGGAGGAUCUUGCAGGAAUACCAGAGACCAUUGAUGGAGGCUGAUCCACGCAUCCUCAGCCCGAGAAAGAUCCGGCCUAUAUUUUACCGAAUGAGGGAGAUCACACAAUGCCACUCCAUGUUUCAGAUUGCGUUGGCGUCCCGGGUGGCCGAGUGGGACAGCAGUGAGAAAAUAGGAGACUUAUUUGUUGCCUCGUUCUCCAAGUCCAUGGUGCUGGAUGUAUACAGUGAAUACGUGAACAACUUCACCAAUGCCAUGGCUUUGAUAAAGAAGGCGUGCAUGUCCAAACCAGCCUUUCUGGAAUUCUUAAAGAAGAAGCAGGCGUCCAGCGUUGACCGGAUCACUUUGUACGGCCUGAUGGUUAAGCCCAUUCAGCGAUUCCCUCAGUUCAUAUUGCUCCUGCAGGACAUGCUGAAGAACACACCGAAGGGCCACGUGGACCGUCUGCCCCUGCAGCUCGCUCUGACAGAGCUGGAGAUGCUGGCUGAGAAGCUGAAUGAACAGAAACGAGUUGCCGACCAGAUUGCAGAAACUCAACAACUUGCCCGCAGCGUCAGUGAUCGCCUGCUCAGUAAGCAACUGAACUCGGAGCAGGGGUCACUGGUCCUUUGUGAGACGCUCAUCGAGACGGUGUACGGCGAGAGGGGACAAGUCCUGAAGUCCAAGGAGAGAAAGGUCUUCCUCUUUGAUGAUGUACUCAUCUGUGCCAACAUAAAUGUCAAGGGGCCUCCGGAUAUCAGCAGCCUGGUCCCUGUCGGCCCCAAGUACACCAUGAAGUGGAGCGCCCCCCUGCAGCAGGUGCAAGUAGUAGAGGUGGGCCAGGAGGGCUCUCAAAGCAAAGACACCCUCUUCCAGCAGAGCGGGGCCAAGCGAGCCUCCACCUCAGGCAAAGCGUUCCUCGGCCCUCCACGGCUCUACCAGGAGCUGCAGGAGCUGCAACAUGACCUUUCCGUGGUGGAGGAGGUCACCCUCCUCGUGGGCACUCUGCAGGGGAUGUACCAGAACCUGAACACCACUGUGGCCCAGGACUGGUGUCUGGCUCUGCAGAGGCUUAUCCGCAUCAAAGAAGAACAGAUCCAGAGUGCUAACAAAUGUCGCUUACGCCUGCAGGUGCCCGGCAGGCCAGACAAGUCAGGGCGUCCUGUCAGUUUCAUGGUGGUCCUCAACACUCCCAGCCCCCUUAGUAAGAUCUCCUGGGUCAACCGUCUGCACUUGGCCAAGAUCGCACAACGAGAGGAGAAUUCUCCAGGCUGGUUAUGUGGACAGGACGAAGGGAAGACGAUGGCCCCGUUUUGGUAUCCGCUGCUUGCCUGUCACAUGCCCGUCUUUGCUACAAAGUCACCCGAGAGAAAGCUUGAAGCUGCCCUCCACAAUCCCGUUCACUGUGCAUUGUUGGGCUUCUCUGCAGCGAGCACCUCCUUACCUCAAGGCUACUUCUGGGUGGCUGGUGGAGAAGGUUCGCAUGGGCAGAUAGAGAUAUUUUCCCUCAACAGACCCAUGCCAAGGACUGUUAAGAGCCUGCAGGUAGACUCCACCGUCCGAUGUCUGGAAUACGUGCCAGAACCUUCUCCGACUGAGGAGGUGGAGGCUGGAGUUCACAAGGCCCCCUCGGGGAUCGGUGCCAACAUUUGUGUUGGCUUAGACGACGGACGCGUGCUGGUGUACGGCAGUGUGGACACUGCAGCACAAUGUCUGUUGACCCUCCGUAACCCCGAGGGCUGCCCUGUGCUGUGCCUGAAGCACUCCGCUCGCUUCCUGUUUGCAGGCCUGCGGAACGGGUCCUUAAUGGUUUACGGAAGAAGUAACAACGAUGAUUUUUGGGACCCGGACUCCGGCAGAUGUGUAAAACUGGGCUCAGAACCAGUGCGGACACUGUUAGUGUUAGAUGACUCAGUGUGGGCAAGCUGCGGGAACUCUGUCACAGUCAUGGACAUCUCCAACCUCAGCACUCAGACGUUUGAGGUCCACCCGGACCCAAUGAUCAGUGUCGCACACAUGGCGUGUGCCGGGGGAGGGGUGUGGAUGGCGUUCUCCGAGGGUUCCUCCAUUCGUCUCUUUCAUACGGAAACACUGGAGCUUCUGCAGGAAAUCAACAUCUCAACACGCUCAACGCUGCUGAACACUGGUCAAAAAAGCAUGCGAGUCACGAGUCUGCUAAUUUGCCAGGGGCUGUUGUGGGUGGGCACUGCCCAAGGCUUAAUUAUCACUCUUCCAGUUCCCAAACUGGAGGGCAUCCCCAAAAUAACAGGAAAGGGAAUGGUCUCUCUAAACGCCCACUGUGGGCCUGUGGACUUCCUGGUCGCCACCACCAGCACUCUGUCUCCCCAGCUGCUGAAGAGGGAUUCUGUCGUGGACGGCCCGGACUCGGCCUUCGGGGGCGAGGACCGCAGCGACACCUCCUCUCAGGAAUCCCUCCAACAGUCCUACCAGGGAGAGGGGCGGGGCAAAGGACGCAGCGUUCUGCUGCAGUACAAGCUGCGCUCCACAUCGGGGCUACCCGGGCGGCCGCUAACCGCGCUGGGCGACGAGGCCUCGGACUCCUCCCUGGAGUCAUUGGAGCACAGCGUGGAAGAUGGAUCUAUCUACGAGCUCAGCGAUGACCCAGAAAUGUGGGUCCGGGGACGUCCUUGUGAGAGGGAUGGGGGACGUAGGGACAGGGUGAUCUCUGCAGCGGUCAUCUCUGGAGGCAAGGGCUUCCGCAGACUAAAGGAAGGAGCAGCAGCAGCCGCUAGGACAAGUGGGGAGGGUUUAGAGAAUAUUCUUAUGGUAUGGCAGCUCCCACUGACAGUGUGAUAUGGAAAAUAUACGGCAAGGUGAUGGGUAUUUAUAGAUACGGUCUACCCAGCUUAGCUUUGAAUCAUCCGUUCCAUAAACUCAAAGGAUUUGAAUAAACAUGUAUGAUGUGAAGGCGUUGCCACUGAUACGCAGCUUGACAUGCUACGAUUUAGCUCGUGGAAUGAGGAAGCUAAGACGUGCUGUUUACCAGAGGUACCGUCAGCCAAUAGGACGCUUUGAAUGUGCGUCACCAUCUCCCCAGCAGUGGCAGGGGCCGACCACGGAUUAGUUCCUUGUGAUCGUUUUGAUCUGCUUCCCCUCUCCUGCCUUCGUUAAGAUGGAUAUGCCUCAAUUUAACCUCAUCAAUGCGGCGUGAGCUCCGCCACAUUUAUUUUAUGCGAAGGACUUCUGCGUGAGCAACCAUGGACAGCUCGCUUUUGGAGGGGCCUGCCUUUGUUGACUCUGCCAUGCUCCGCAGAGUUAGAGAUGGACAUCUUUUAUCUGAUCCUGUGGGAGAGAUCCCAUCUGUUUAGAGCUGGAAGCUGGGGACUUCCACCGCAUCACAAAGCACAUGAGCAUCACUUUAUUAGCUUUGCCAGCCUGUCUCUCAUCCCAUACAAUGUGAAUGUAAGAUACCUUCUAUUGUGUCUCAAAAUUGAAUCUGUGCUCUCUUUAAAAAAAAAAAAAA